AUGAACUCUUACCUCGAAUACGUUUCCAAUGCAGAUAUCUUGACUUUUUCACCAAAGUUUUGUCACGGCAAUUCCCCGCCGGUGUCUGUCCAGCAGCGCUCCGGAGAGGGUCGUUGCUUCGCAAGUGGACCCAUUGGUGAUCCAUCUGCCAGCCAUCAUCACCACCAUCAUCAUCAUCACCUUCAUCAGCCGGUGCCUUCUAGUCUCGAACUCUCCUACGAUCCCGCUGCACCCGUUGAUGUUAACCUCUUAUCUCUGAGUAAUUUGGGCUAUGAUUUUCCUUUCGCUGCUAAUCAGGAAUUGGAUGACAGUGGGGGAUCAGUCCCAUACGCGACCUCUGUUUACUCAGGAAGCGCAUCUUUUCCGCUGACUGAGCGGCAGCACGAAUACAGCAUCUCACUUGGUGACCAGGGGCAAUACCAAACGGGUGGCAAGGAAUCCCCGAACUUUUACACAGGACAUUAUUAUCAGAGCCUCUCCCCGUCUCAGGGCAGCUAUCAUCAGAGGCCGGAAUCUCCCACCACAGAGCGAGUCGCCAGUGCGAAUACUUUCGAGUGGAUGAAAGUGAAACGAAAUCAUUCUAAGACAGCGAAACAAGCCGAAUAUGGGAUUGCCAGCUCUCCCAGCACAGUCCGCACUAAUUUCACCACCAAACAGCUCACGGAAUUGGAGAAGGAAUUUCACUUCAAUAAGUAUUUAACUCGAGCCCGGCGUGUGGAGAUAGCAAACGCCCUUCAACUCAACGAGACGCAGGUGAAGAUUUGGUUCCAGAACCGGAGAAUGAAACAGAAGAAGAGGGAGAGGGAAGGUGUGCUGGCGAGUCUGGCUUCUCUGAGCUGUAGCCAGGACUCGCCAUCCGGUGAGAGUUCGGAUAAGUCGGACACCGCCUCGCCGUUGCCUUCCCCCUCUGCAAAGAGCUCAACACCAACUCCAAGCUCAGUGUUGUGACCUUAUCAAACUGUAACAAAAGCUUUGGGGAAGUGAGCUUUCAAUUCCAGAUUCAAAAGAACAAAGCCACGAAAUGCGUUUAUGCAAUCUCCAGGCCCCAAAGUACUGCAAUCACUUUAGCACACUUGACUAUUUUGGUAUUGAUUCUACCUGGGUAUAUAUGUGCAGGCGAAGUAGGCUGCUAUUUGUAUAUAUUUUGUGAGAUUUUUUAAUUUCUGUGACUACUGAAUUGGUCUCAAGGGUCGUGAUCAAUGUAUUUACCUUUACCUGGAAUGUUAUAUGCACAAACGAUGUUAACCGUUCGAUGCAAAGCAAAAACCAAAUGUUAUCAUCCAACUGAUGGUAAAAGACUACUUUUUCUUGAAACAAAUUUGCACAGACAAUAAGUCGAUCUUUGCAAGUAAAAGAGCCACACAAAAACGGUCCAAUUAAAGGCUGCAACAACUUCUAUUUACUGCAUUGCUAGAAUUGCUACUUUGUAUUUAGCAGAUUGUUUUCUAUUGAUUUAUGUGUUGAUGACAACGAUGAAUGAAAGGUAUCUUGUUCGACUCGACUCCAAGAAUGAAUGGACUUUGCACAAUUUAUGCCUCAGGUUGAAAGAUUCUGGUUGCUGCUAUGUAACACUGUGCCUAUCUAACGCUGCAAUCUUUCACUUGUAAACUAUGCUAAGUAAUUAUCCUACCUCUGUUUACACUGUGUAUUAGGGCUGACGAGGUUAUUGUUUUAUCUGCUCUAUUACGAAAUUGAGUUGGAAGUAAAACUGUGUAUUUUAAAGCCAGGAAAAGUUUGUCAGCUUUAGUAAUUAUAAAUGUUUACGAUUAUGUGCAACAGUGGGAACAAAACAACAAAUUUUGAAUAAAACAAACAACACAUUUUGUUAUUUUGAUCAGUAA